AUGCCAGCACCAAAUUCCAUCAGCGUAGCUGUAAUAUGUUCCAGUAAUAUGAACAGGAGCAUGGAGGCACAUGCUUUUCUGAGCAAAAAGGGAUUUAAUGUAAAAUCAUUUGGAACUGGAGACAAGGUCAAAUUACCUGGUACUGCACCAGACCGCCCUAAUAUCUACGACUUUGGAACUUCAUACGAUGAGAUCUACAAUGAUUUAUUGAUGAAAGACAAGCAAUAUUAUACACAGAACGGUUUAUUACAUAUGCUGGAUCGGAACCGCCGAAUAAAACCUAGACCUGAACGAUUUCAAUUGUCCAAGGAUAAGUUUGAUAUUUUAAUUUCAUGCGAGGAACGUGUAUAUGAUCAAGUAAUCGAAUGCAUGGAAUCUAGAACUAAAGAAGAUAAUCAACCUGUGCAUUUGAUUAAUAUUGACAUUCAGGAUAAUCACGAAGAGGCCACAGUAGGCUCGUUUCUUAUAUGCGAGCUAGUAACAGUGUUGGCAAAUAGCGAAGACUUAGACAAUGACAUAGAUGAACUACUCCAUGAAUUUGAGGCCAAAUUUGCAAGAACAAUAUUGCACACUGUGUUAUUUUACUGAAAAAUCCGACACAAGAAUUAUCAGGAAUGGAAUAUCUGGUGUUCAUCGAAUUUGAAAUUUAUUUAUAACCAAAAUUAAAUUAUAUAUAAU